AUGCACUACCAAGUGGGUUUGGCCUCAUUCACCAGCCUCUUGCCAGUUGCUAUCCGCAAGUCUUCAGAAGAGACAGUGGCCAAGAAAGAGGCGAAAAAAGAAGUAAAGGAAAUUAUUACAAAAGAAGAAACGAAGAAAGUGGAAUCUAUAAAAGAAGAAUCGGAACCAGAACCGGAAUCUGAACCAGAACCAAUAUCUACUACCAGACCAGAAUCUCCUGACACCCAUUCUUCAACCUUAAAAGUGGAGUUGAAAGCUGAUACCGAUCAAUUCCAAAAACGAGAAAUAUCUGUUUCCCCUGCUCGAUUCUUGCCCUCCCCAACCCCAGAGUCUGCUCAAGUCCAUGAAGUGAUUGAAAAUGCAGCGGUAAAGCUUACAGAAUCUGCAGCACCAGCAUCAUCUGCCUCUGAGCCUGUGACUGCGGUAACCGAAUUAGCUAUCGAAGAACCUGAAGAAGAGUCUGUAAAAGUUGAGGAAGAUGCAUCAUCAGAACCAACAGAAGAACCAGCCGAAGAAAAUGAAAUCGUGAGAGAAGAAUCGGUUGAGAAUCAAUGUGUAAAAGAUACUCUUGUUAAACCGAAAGAGUCUAAACUUGAUCCUGAAGCAGAGCCUUUCAUGCCUCGAGAUACUGCUUUGAUUCAGCAGUUUUCACCUUGUGAUAGUUCGAUUGUAUCUGAAAUUGUGGCAUCUGGAAUGGGAGGUGAAAGUCUUGCUGAACCUAUUGAAAAGGAAGCUGACAUAGAAGAGCUAUCUGAUGAGGGAGCAGUUGCAUCAAGUGAAGUAGAAAGUGACAACAUAUCUGUGGAAAUGGCAGAUCUUAAGGAAGUAGGUGAAGCAGUUACAUCAAGUGACGUAGAAGGUGAGAACAUAUCCACAGAAAUGGCGAAACAACUUAAUGAAGUAGCCGAAGCAGUUGUAUCAAGUGAAGUUGAAAGUGAGAACAUAUCCACAGAAAUGGAGGAACAACUUAAUGAAGUAGCCAAAGCAGUUGUAUCAAGUGAAGUUGAAAGUGAGAACAUAUCCACAGAAAUGGAGGAACAACUUAAUGAAGUAGCCAAAGCAGUUGUAUCAAGUGAAGUUGAAAGUGAGAACAUAUCCACAGAAAUGGAGGAACAACUUAAUGAAGUAGCCAAAGCAGUUGUAUCAAGUGAAGUAGAAAGUGAGAACAUAUCCACAGAAAUGGAGGAACAACUUAAUGAAGUAGCCAAAGCAGUUGUAUCAAGUGAAGUAGAAAGUGAGAACAUAUCUGCAGAAAUGGAGGAACUUAAAGAAGUAGCAGCAGCUGUUGUGUCUGGACCUCAAAGUGCUGACUAUGAUGUCCAAAAGCAAGCACUUUCUUCUGGUAGUAAUUACACAGUGAUUGAUACUGACCAAGCCAACAACAACAGCCUGAGCCCACAAUUAAGUGAAAGUGACCAUCAUCUAUCUGUUGGUCAGUAUGAUGACGCUGAGGAAAAUCAAAAAGCUGCCGAUCAUGAUUUGAAUUCAGACUCACCUUUUGAUUUCUUUGAUUUGGCCACAAGCCCAAACGAUUUUAAACCCAGUUUCGACUUUGUUGAUCCAAAUGAAAACCUGACAGUGCAGAGGGGCUCUGAUGAAGAUAUUGAAGUGAUCAGUGACCAGAAAGAUCAAGAUGAUGAUGAGUAUAUCCCUGACAUGGCUUUAGAAGAUAUGGAAGGUGAGAGUCCCUCAGACUAUUCUGCAAAUGAUAUCAGUUCUGCCCUUGAUGCUGCCAACAAUAACCCAAAUUCCAUUGGAACUCAACAACUGGAGGUUUUAGUGAGUCUUAUCCUUGCCAAGGACUAUGAUAUACAGCAAGCAGCUAUGGCAGGAGUUGUUAAAUGUGCAGCAUUUACAGAUAAUCAGAACUCAUUGCGGGAGUUGGGUUGUCCCAAAAAGCUUGCCAUCUUAUUGAAAUCCUACGUCACGUCAAUGAAAGUCGGCUACAAUGUUUCGACUAAUCUCAUCUCUUCUGUUGCCAAUGCAAUCUCAAAUAUGUCUGUCAAUGAUAAAAACCAGAGUGUUUUACAGGAAACUGUCCCCUUGCUAGUUGAUCUCACAGUGGAGGGUGAAAUGAAGGAAUCUGCACUGCUGUCCACCUUAAGGGCCCUGACCAAUCUGUCGACCACAGAGCGACACCAUGGUCAGUACACUCGUAUGGUUCAACAUCUCUACAAUCUAAUGGAUGCUGGCAGCACGCCUGUCAAACUACAGGCUCUCAAGGUGUUAGUGAAUUUGUCCUGCAGUGCUGAUAUGGUACAGCACUUAUUAGCAGCUAAGGCUCCUCACUCAUUGCUCGAACUUUUACAGCAGGAUGCUGAAGAAGCCCUUGUAUUGCGUUGGACUACCCUCCUGGCUAACAUUGUUCACACAGUGCGAGUCAACAAGAUGUCACAGUCAUCCCUCCCUUGCCCUGAUAAGGCAGCCUCCCCAGAGACCAUGUACACUGCUGUCUAUGGUGUCCAAUCAAUGGGAGACUUAAAGAACAAAGUAUUCUUACUGAGUAAACAUAAGAAUGAAGAUAUCCGCUAUCAAGCUGCACGUGUGUAUAGUGGAUUGGUACGAUAA